AUGUUUUUAUCGUUGUCCGACGCCUUGCAGAGCUCCUCCCAGGCCGGUGCAGAACUGAGCCUGCAGCAGAAACUGCGUGCGGACGCCCAGCUGCGGGUGGAGGAGUUGGAGGAGAGUCUUCUGGAGAAGGACCAGGAGAUGUUCCGUCUGCAGGAGAUCAUCAGCAGACUGCAGGGAGAGAUCUUUGCGUGUGUCGGUAUUGAUAUUAAUAGAUCUCUGGUGAAGCUGGUGAUAAGACGGGAGUCUGGGAGGGAUGAGAUCCAGCUGAGGGAGCGCAUACAGCUGCAGUGCAAGCAGGCCGAGCGCCACGUGGAGGACCUGCAGAUGGAGCUGCAGACCAGCAAACAGGCCAAGGAGGAGCUGGCCAAGCAGCUCAAGAGCAUACAGGAGAGGGUCAUUGACCUGGAGGUUGACCUGGAGGACGUGCACGACAGUGAGCAGAGAUGGGCUGCCAAGCACAAAAAAGCCCUUGAGCAGACAGAACAGCUUCAGCUGAAACUGAUUCAGGAGAAGGACCUGAGCGAACAGCUGGAGUGUGAGAAAGCCAUUCUCGAGAGACAGGUGAAGGAGUUGCGCUCUGAGGUGGACGAGUUGCUGAACUCUAAAGUGCAGGAGGAUGUGAUCACCAGAGCAGAGAGCAAAGUCAAAGAGCUAGAGAACACACUCAGGACAGAGGAGAGGAGCAAGAAUGCCCUGACCAAUACCGCCAACAAGCUGGAGAGGAGGAUCAAUGAGCUCACGGAUCAGAUGGAGGAGGAGCAGAAGUCCUUCACAGAGCAAAAAGACCUGAUGACUCAGCGUAUGCGCUCCCUGAAGCGGCAGCUGAAUGAGGUGGAGGAGGAGGCUGCCCGUAAGGACGCCCAGCUCCGGCACACACAGAGGGAGCUGGCUGAGGAGAGGGAGUCCAGCCAGAGGCUCCAGAGGCAGCUGCUGGACCAGCACCUACAGCUCAAGAGGAAGGAGUCUCAGAUAAUAAAAAACACCCUAAAACUGGACCUGAGCUUAGAUGAGGAAGAGGACCCCACAGAAGCACCAUCUAAGGUUACAAAUUAAUCCAUCUGCAACUCGAGAGAGUCCAGCGGAUGAUCUCCUGAGACCACUAAAAGACCUUGCCAGAAAAGCCGACUCCUAACUGCAUCCUUCUGAUCAGCUAGUGAACAAUAUUCAUAAACAGGUGAUGGACACAAGAUGACUGUUCUCAAGAGUGUGCAAAACAGAGUUAAAAAACAUGCCGCUUACACUGUAGCUCCCUUUGACUCCUGAACAGUGCACAAGUGGUAGUUGUUUUAAUUGGACAAUGGUAACAGAAAUCAGUAGCAAAGCUUGUAAAGGUACUGUAGAUGUUUGCCAAACCUCUGGUCUAUAACAAUGUACACAUCAAAAUUUUUAUACUACAUCAGAUCAAAUCCAUAUUUCCUAAACACAAGUGUUAUUCACCAAUCUGAAUUGCAGAAUCUUGCUUAAAUGAAGGAUAAAAUAAGGAUGAUAUUUUUCAACAAUUUUCAACAAUUUUCAAGUUGUUGAUUUUAUAAUUGGCAAAACAUGAAGUGUUGUAAAGACCAAAACAAGGAUUGACUUCUAAUCUUUUAUGCAAGUUUUCAGUGAGUUUUACUAUAUUUUUGAGAGGAUACUGUCACAUCUAAUGCCUUUUUCCUUUUGUUUCUAUAUUGGCCUAGAUAUUCUGUUGUUGAAUGUAAAAUAUUUAAGCAACACUAGUUUUGUUUUAUUCACCGACAUAUGAAUGCUGGGUUUGUGGUGUGAAUCUUAAUCUUCCUUCAUGUCAUCUUGCGAAUGAGUGAUCCUUAUUGUUUUCAACUCUAUUACCAAAGUUUUAUAUGUAUAUAACGUAAGAAGGGCUACAUAUGCUGUUUUCUGUGUAAAAUGUUUGAAUGUGAAUGGAAAGGGAGACAUUGUGCUAGGAAAGUAAAAACAUAAUACUGGUUUACUCAGCAGUAGAUUCUUACUGAACUAGUAGUAUAAAAAUACAUGCCACUUUUGUUUGCAUGGUAUUACUGUAGCUGAAAUGCUAUUGCAAAUGCAAUUAUGCUUUCAAAGUGCCAAGUGCAAAAGGACAAAGCAGGUGAUGCGGUGCCAAAUUUCGUCAUAGGGAACAAAUGUCACAACUGAUAUAUUUAUUCUUCUCUGUGAAUUCGAUAAGCUUUAGACUAUAAAUGUUGUUGAAUAAACUUACUAAAUGCA